UUGUGAGAGUGACUCUGCUGCAGAAACACGAGGUGAAGCCGGAGAGAGGAUUAACUUGAUGACUCUUGAACAACAAUUCACAAACACGAUCUGAGCGGCCGACAGUGGGACACUUCCCUCCAUCAUCUUUGGAUCGGAGAUACAAAUGGAGGUAAUGCUGAUUCUAAAAUCUCCAUCUCUUCCCAACUCUUCCUCUCAGGACGCGUCUCCUCCUUCAUCACCAGAUGCUCAGGAAGAUCCAGAUCUCCAAGAAUCUUGCCCCCUGCAUCCCACCAUGUGUGUCACUGCUGCACCACCACCUCCACCUCCACCACCUCCACCUCCACCACCUCUCCCUCCUCCUCCACCCCCUCCUCCUCCUCUUACUGCCCCUUCGUUUGGCUCCCGUAAUGGCCAGAGAAGAUCCAUGAAAAAGCUGAACUGGGACACCAUCCCCAGCCAGCGCGUCCUGGGCAAACUGAACGUCUGGACGUCACAGCGGCCUCAGAGGGACCUGAGGCUGGACAUUCGGAGCAUGGAGGAGUUGUUCAGUCACGUUGACAAACGGGCAUCGCUGCGUAAUUCAAAGGUCAUGGGACAGAAGACGUCUGAUGGCACGCAGCUCUUUCCACAGGAACCUCAGGUCACAAUCCUGGACUCCAAAAAGAGCAUGAACAUCGGAAUCUUUCUCAGACAUUUCAAGAGGCCAGUGACGGAAAUGGUGCAGGACAUUCGUCAAGGUAACUGGCUCAGGUUCGGAACAGGGAAACUAAAAGAGCUGUGUAAACUGCUGCCAGAGGAAAGUGAGGUGAAGCAGCUGCUGUCAUUCAGUGGGAACCUCUCUGUGUUACCUGAGGCCGAUCAGUUCAUGGUGCAGCUGGUCAAAGUGCCGGGCUACGAGGAACUCCUGAAAAUGAUGGUCCUGAGGGAGGAAUUCUUUCCUCUCAUGGAGGAGGUGAAGAACUCUGUCGCUGUCAUGACCAAAGCAGCGAAUGAGCUGCUGGACUGUGAUGAGCUCCACUCCGUCAUUCGGCUGGUGUUAAAAGCUGGGAAUUACAUGAACGCUGGUGGUUACAGUGCCAAUGCCAUCGGCUUCAGGAUGACGUCACUGCUCAAGCUGGCAGACACCAAGGCCAACAAGCCGGGCAUGAACCUCAUGCAUUAUGUUGCCAAGCAAGCAGAGGACAUUGAUGACGAGUUGCUGACAUUUCCCAGCCAGCUUGAACACAUCGGGUUGGCAUCGAGAAUUUGUAAAGACGAGGUGAUCACAGACUUUGAGAGAGAGGUGAAGAAGAUCAAGGAAGUGAAGCUGUACAGCAGCAGACACCCCGGCCUCGUACAGCAGAUGGAGACGUUCUUCCUGAGGGCUAAUUUGAAGCUGGACGCUGUGGAGUCCUCCCUCCAGGAGCUAAAUUCUCUGAGCAACGCUGUCGCCGAGUAUUUCUGUGAAGACCCAGCGACCUUCAAAAUGGAGGAGUGCUGCUCCAUCUUUCACUCAUUCUGCAAACGCUUCGAUACAGCCGUACAGGAGAACCGAGAGCGAGAGGAGGCAGAGCAGAAGCGCAAGCGGAAAGAGAGCAUGCGAAUCGCAGCCAAGCGACGCUCCACAGUGUCUGGUCCAGCACCUGAGCCUAAUCCGGACUCCAGCCUGGAGUCGGCCUUGCACAGCUUCCUGUCCACCGUCCCGGAGGGAUUAUCCAGAUGUAGGCGGAACAUGCUGUCACCGAUCGUAGGAUCCCCCUCUGACCACGAUCCUCAGACUGGAAAAACUGAUGCUUCACCGUGUACCAGACGGGAGAGGCCUGAGAAGAAACAAGUCAAACUGCAGAAGGACAGCGAGCAAGUAACAGCGUUGGAAAACCGAGAGGAAGCUGAGAAGAUGCGUGAGAUAACUCGGAAGGUGCUUCGCUACCAAAACAGCAGGAGUAGCCUCGACGGGGACAGAGUUUCAGGCACUCCUCCUCACUUAGACCCUCCAGCUACUCCGAGCACCCCUCGACCCAGAACCAGAGACUUCUUCUUCGCCAACAAUGGGGACAUAGGCUCGCCGUGGACUAUCCUGAGCCCUUUGACCUGUUCCGAAAGAAAUGUCCCAAAGCAGAACAGACAAGCACACCCAAAGAGACUGUCACUGACACCUGGUGAGGACGAUGAAGGAGUCUGGGAGAGUCAUGUAGACAAUUGUCCUCCCAGUGGUGACAGGCGGACAUCUCCAUCUGGGGGCUCUGCGUCUGUGCCCGGGUGCCCCCAUCAGAGAGCCGUGUCGCAGGGACGGAUCCUCAGGUCUGCUUCCAUGGAUGAAACCAGGCAGUCUCCACUGGCUCGCUUCCGGCUGGGGGACUUGUUCCAGAGGUCAUAUUCCUCUGGGUCAAGGACAGAAAAUAUGGAGGACGAAAUUUCAGGAGUGUUUCCACUGCAUCGCGGCAAGGGGAGGAAUAACAUCGAGGGGCAAGUGAGCAGCAGCUCUGGGUUUAUAUCCUUCUUCAGACGCAUCGGAGGCCGGAGCAGGCCUGGUGACAUCGAAGAUCAAAACUUCACAGCAUCCAAAAAUUUUACUUAGUGACAGAAACUAAUUUUUAAAUGUCUGUUUAUUUUUGUCAAUGUGAUGAUUUUAACCUUCAGUGGAAGGCAAGCGAGCACUUGCUUUGGACUGUGAAGGCUGUGAUUUUUGGAAGUUGGGCCACGUUCAAAAAUUGUAAUCUAUUUUUGUCUUUUUUUCCGUGUGCAAUAAAG